GUCUCGCGAGGCUGGCAGGCGCUCCUAAGUCUUGCAGAACGCGCAGGGGGUUGCAGAUUUCUGCGGCUCUCCCUGAGAGGCUGUUCCAGUCGGGUUAUCUCCCCCCGAGAGGCUGUUCCAGUCGGAUUAUCUCUCCCCGAGAGGCUGUUCCAGUCGGGUUAUGUUGGGGGCUUGUCACUGUGCGGUGACUAUAACUAUAAGAGCACAGCUGUACCAUGCCUGCUGAUCAGUAUUGGAACAGUGCAUCGUUUUGUGAAGUGGGAGCGAGGCGCCUCUCUGCCCUGUGUUUAGAUAUUGUUAUAACACGCAUUGCUGAAUGGCCGGUGCUUAGCUUUGCAGGCUCGGGGCUGUCUUUGUUCUUUAGGGAAGUGUUUUUGCUUUGGCAGUUAUUCUAAAUCAGGAAGAUGAAGCUUUUACAAUUUGAAACAGGAGAAUGCCGGCAUGUCUGGGCAGCCCCGGAUCCUGGCUGAGCGACCCGACAGUUCAGGGCUGCUCCGUGCAUCAGAACACGGGUCUGUGUGGAAGCCAUGCUUCAGCUGCUAUUCAGUCACUGAGCAAUAACAGAAUGGCUGACCGCCACUGAAAACAAUGACUUUCAGAGCUGUUCCCUUUUCCUUCCUGUUGUCUGGGGAAACCCGAAAGCGUCCUUCCGAUAAGGACGCUUCAGUUCCUCGUUUGUUUUGACUGUCGUUGUCUUUGUAGGUUGAUCUUUCUCGUUUAUUUGUGGUACAGUCACCAAGCUUUGGCUCUGGCCCUUCCUCUGUUCCUGUUAGUUCAGCUGAGUUCUUUGCCAGCAUGCCCGCUUGUGUUUGAUAGAAGAGCCUCACAGCGCUGCAUUAGCAGCGAGGGGUGGAAGAGGUGAUGGGAUUCACUGCACUGUAAUAUUACACAAACAGGGCUUUGUCUGUCUAGAUUAGGCUUGACUAGUCCUCAAUUUUUCCAUGUUCCUAUCCGCUUCAGUGUUUGUUUUGGUUUGUAACCACAGACAGUGUGACUUGUACAGGCAGUGGAACAAACAGCUCCUGAUUUGAAUCCUGCUGGGUGUGGGUUUGAAUGCAGGAUGUACUUCAUCUCUCACAGUCUCCCUGGUUAAACAGCUGCUACCAUUCCACUUGAAGCGCAACUUCAGACAGACUCGACAUCCUCUGAAGAAAUCUGAUUGAUUUUCCUACCGUUCUAAAUCAACGCUUCGAGGGAGAGAGCCAGACUGCACUGACUCGGAGACACGGCCCUCUGGAUGCACAAUACAGGGAGUCUGAUCCAUCCAUGUGACUUGGAAAACAAAACUUCAAACAGAGGAUAAGCCACAGCGCAUCUGCCCUGCUGAAAGAAGACAUGGCAUGGAGCAUGAUCUACAGAGGGGCCUCUUCACUGUUCAUUAGGAAACUCUUGGUAAAAUGUGUAGCACCAACCACUCCCUCAGCCAGGCACUUCACAUCAGGGUCUAUUAGAGUCCACCAGUGUCCUUCAGAGUCCAUCAGCAUCUGUCAGAAUGUCAGUCUACCAGGGACCACCAGAGUCCAUCAGAGUCUCAGCGUUGGUCUACCAGAGUCCAUCAGAGUCUCAGCGUUGGUCUACCAGAGUCCAUCAGAGUCUAUCAGGCUAUCAGGAAGACCACAGUUUGAUGGAAUACAAUGGCAAAAAACUCCCUAGAUUCCAGUUUACCGGGUUUCAUUCUAACAAUUCUAGGGACGAGCUUGGAACCAAAAUAUCUGUGCCGGGAGUGUUCUCGGAUUUUAAGAAAACCCGUUCAGGCGCAGUGCGGCCAUCGCUUCUGCUCGUUCUGUUAUAACAAGCUCACAAGCUCCGGACCCCAGAGGUGCACAGCCUGUGAACAGGAAGAGAUCUUCGAAGAGCCGUCGUCUAUUUUAGACACAAAUUCUGCUUUUCCAGAUAAUGCUGCUCGCAGGGAAAUUGAAAAUUUACCAGCGGUUUGCAACAACGAGGGCUGUUCAUGGAAAGGAUCCAUUAAGGAGUACGAGACUAGCCAUGAGGGGAGGUGUGAGUGCUCGCUGGUUCAGUGCCAGGCUUGCCAGGAGAUGAUCAAGCUCAGUGAGAAGGAGCAGCACAGUGAGCGAGAGUGCCCAGAGAGAACCCUCAACUGCAGGUACUGCAAACUGACCUUCAGCUUCAAGCACAUCAAGGCUCAUGAUGAAAUCUGUCAGAAGUUUCCGCUGCAAUGCGAAGGAUGUGGAAAGAAGAAAAUCCUGCGAGAAAAGUUUGCAGAUCAUGCGAGAUCCUGCAGCAAAUACAAAAGCUCAUGCAGAUUCAGUGCUGUGGGAUGCAAUGCCAUUGUGGAGAAUGAGAAGAUGCUGCAUCACGAGCAGGGCAGCGUGGCGGAGCACCUGCGCAUGCUGCUGGCUGCGGUGCAGAGCCUGCGAGAGAGGGAGGGGCAGCCACGCAGCCUGCAGGCACCCCACAGCAAGGCGCAGGAGCUGGGCAGCUCGAUCCGUCACCUGGAGCAGCGGCUGGGCAGCCUGGGGCUGUACUGCUCCGAGGGGGAGGAGGAGGAGGAGGAGGAGGGGGGCGCCGCGGCCACGUUGCUCCCCCUUGCUGACACACGGCUCAACGGGUACAGCGGCAAGGCUCAGGCCCUUCCCAAGCUGUGCGAGGCGUUGGCGCGGAAGCUCUCCACCUUCGAGAACAUCGUGUGUGUUCUGAACCGCGAGGUGGAGAAGAGCUCCCUGACGCUGGAGGCCUACAGCCAGCAGCAUCGCCUGGAUCAGCAGAGCAUGGACUCCCUCACACACAAGGUCAGGCAGAUGGAGCGCUCUCUGGCUCUGAAGGACCUGGCCAUAGCCGAGCUGGAGCAGAAGCUCAAGGAGCAGGAGUUCAGCACUUACGACGGGAUCUUCAUCUGGAGGAUCGGGGAGUUCACCCGGAAACGGCAGAACGCCAGGGAGGGGCGCAACCCGGCCAUGUUCUCCCCAGGGUUCUACACCAGUAAGUACGGGUACAAGAUGUGCCUGCGUCUGUACCUGAACGGAGACGGGACGGGGCGCGGGACGCACCUCUCUCUCUUCUUCGUUGUGAUGAAGGGUAACAGCGACGCCCUGCUCAAGUGGCCCUUCAACCAGAAGGUCACCCUGAUGCUACUGGACCAGAAUAACCGGGAGCACAUCAUCGACGCCUUCCGCCCCGACGUCACCUCCUCCUCCUUCCAGCGGCCGGUCAGCGAGAUGAACAUCGCCAGCGGCUGCCCGCUCUUCUGCCCGCUCGCCAAGCUGGAGGGCAAGAGCUCGUACCUGCGAGAUGACACCAUCUUCAUCAAAGCCAUCGUCGACCUGACCGGGCUAUGAACAGGGAGCAGGGGGCUGGGGUCCUGGGGACUGGG